ACGUACCAUUACGUGAAAAAGGGGGGGGGUCGCGCAGUGGUACAGUCCAGGUAAACACGCGAGGAGUCUGUUUUCAGAGCACGCGCGUGGGUAAACAGCAGUUUCUGGAAGCAUUUCCGGGUAAUUUGGCGACACAAACGCCGAGCGGCGACUUUGUGAAAUGAGAAACAAACUUGGAGAAAGAUUUAGGAACCGUCCAUCCAUCCAUGCGGCUGCAGGAGAGAAGACAUGCUGGCUGCAGCGACACGGAACUCCUGAAAACUGCAGCAGGAGGCGCCGCUGAGCCGCGCCCCUCCCCCUCGCCCCUCCCGCCUCCACGAGCUUCUCCGGGCAGCGGUCUGUUCACGCGCACGCAGACAUGCCGGAGUUCGUGGAGGACCCGUCCCUGCUGACGAAGGAGCGGCUGAAGAGCGAGCUGCUGGCCCACAGCGUGGAGCUGCCGAGCAGCUCCGCCACCAAGGACGUGUACGUGCAGCUGUACCUGCAAAACCUCACCGUCCGGAACCGCGGAGACGCCACACUGGACGCCUUCUCCAGCGACGAGGAGCCGCCGCCGGCGCCGCGCGGGGCGUCCAGUCGGACCCGCUCCUCGCCCCGGAAAUCUACCAAGAGGGCGGAGAAGGCGGAGCAGCUUGACAUCGCAGCGCUCUCCAAUGAGCGCCUGAGGGAGGAGCUGCUCAAACACGGCGUGGACGCGGGCCCCAUCCUGGGUGCUCCUUUUGCUGGUCUUGUUCCAGCCUCCACUCGUAAACCUAAUGAGAAGAAGCUUCAGAAGCUGCUGGAGAACGGCGCUUCACCGCCGCCGGCAGACUCGCAGGUCAACGGAGACUCUGAGCCCGGCGUCUACAGCGACGAGGAGGAGGAGCUGCCUGCAGAACCAGAGCCAGAACCAGAUCCAGAACCAGAGCCAUCUCCGGUGACGGAGCGACAGUUGAGAAGCCGAACUCGCAGAAGCCAGCAGCAGACGGUCCAGAAACCCAAAACCAGCAGCCAAAGUCCAAAGAAGGAGCAGGGGUUUCUGAAUGAUCUGAACAGUCCCUCAGAGAUGCUUGCCACCUGCCGGCUGCCCAUUCGAGGAGCAGGCGGACGUCCGGUGACCUCCAGCGCCCUGUUGACCGACGAUACUGCCCUCCAGCCUCCCAGAGACUCCAAGACCAACUCCUCCUCCUCAGAGCAACGCACCACCACCACCACUGUCAGCAGCCAGUCGCCUUCCUCCACCAAGCCCUCGACUGUGACCCCCCCUGCAGGUCAGGUCAGAGCGGUGCGGCGCUCCAUGUCCGUGUGGAUAAAGCUGUGUCUGCUCGGCGUGGUCUUGGGGUUCCUGUUCCUGGUGUACCAGAACAUGGAGGCCAACAUCGUCGCCCCAUUCUUAGACUGAGACUCCGCCGCCAGCCCCCAGCACAGAAGCUCCUCAGUCUGAUGUGAACGUGCUCUUCUAUGCUCUUACCUCUCGUGUCGGUGCUUUUGUUUCCUCGUGUCUAAGCAGUUUCCAGUGACAGAAACCACGUGGGCAUUUCAGCUAGACCGAGGACCCACCGGUGCCGCUCGGUCCAGCAUGAAUCUGGACUCCAGCUGACAUCACAGCCGCUGAGACUUCUACUUUCUUAGUGUCUUAGAUUUUUUUUACCCUCAGCUGUCAUUGUUGAAGUCUGUGAGACAAACGGAGAAGUUUCUUUUUUUAAUACAGGACUUUUGUACUGUGUUUUUUUUAAUAAAAAUGUUUGUAUUCGUCUUAACUUUCUGCUCGUCUUCAACUCAAUAAACCUUCUUAAUGUG